AUGCUGUCCACACUUCGCGCCGUCGCGCGUCCGUCACUGGCGCUAACACGACCAACGACCGGCACUUCAUACGCUUCAUCACCAAUAUUGCUUCGUGCACGUGCUCUUCAGGCUUCAUCCCACUCGUUCCACACGACUUCGCCAGCGUCUGCGACGCUCAACCAGGCUAUUCGCCGGAAAGGCCCGGGUGCAUCUCCAAAAAGGAGGACAAAUACCAAGUCGCCAUUAUUGGAGGGCAACCCGCAGAGGAAGGGUGUCAUUAUGUCUCUUGCUAUCGCAAAGCCGAAGAAGCCCAACUCGGCCAAGCGUAAGAUUGCGCGUGUCAAGCUUACCACGGGCUCGACCCUCAAGGCAUAUGUACCCGGAGAAGGCCAUAAUUUGCAAGAGCACAGCGUGGUGGUGGUUCGCGGAGGACGUACGCAGGAUUUACCAGGUGUCCGGUACAAGCUCGUUCGUGGUGCCGCGGACUUUGGCGGUGUACCGGGCCGUGCAAAGGCUCGCAGUCGGUACGGAGCCAAGAAGCCCAAGAAGACAUAG